UCGGCGUUUGGUGAAUAGCAAUGUACAAAUACAAGGACCUCGCGAAACUGGGAACGACUUACUCCCGACGAAUGAAUUACUUAUCGAACCGGAUAUUCGGUGAGGUCGCGAGACCGACGAAUUCACAGUCGAUGAAAGUGGUGAAGAUGUUCAGCGAAGAGCCGAUCCACCAGCGGGAUUACGUCGUCAACUGGUACCCGCGGCACGUUGAAACCCAUCUGCUGGCGAUGAAGUUGCGCGAGUACGGUCUCUUCCGGGACGAGCAUCAGGACUUCAAGGAAGAAAUGAAACGGUUACGGGCUCUCCGUGGGAAGGCACCACCGAAGAAGGGUGAAGGCAAGCGUGCGAAGAAGUAAUGGCCAUACGAUGUGCUGCCUUGUUUAGGGGUUAAUUUUGUGCGGGGUGUAAUUAAUAAACAGUGGACAUACAUAAACAU